CAUGCCCCACUAUGGAGAAGGGGCUUGAACGACGAAUUGAACUGCAACACUUGCGGUCUCUAUUGUAAAUUGGUGAGUGAUAUUUCGUCUAUAUACACCAUACGGACUUCAUUGCUCAUUCUAGAUAAUGCCAUGAAGAAGGGGCUCGAACAACAAAUUGAAUUGCAACGCUUGCGGUCUCUAUUGUAA